CCCCCUUUGAUCACUUAUUUUUUUUUGUUAAUGUUACAUAUGUUACAUGCCAUAUGUUUUUGUUAUUUCAAGAACAAGACCUCUAACUAUUCCGAGUCUCUUUAAUCAUGCAGCCUUAGUUGUGUGUAUCUGGUUUUCCUAUACAGUGGUUAGCGUUCUACGUGUGGCGUAACUAAUUUAAAGAUCGAAUAAUCAGUGUUUUCAGACUGAUGAAUUAUUAUCAAUUAAAUGUAACAAACGGAUACUGUUGCCGUUUGUACACUAAUGAUAUCCAAACUGCCUGCUGUGUUUAGUGAUUCACUGUGAUUUUUUUCCCCCCCUCAAUUUAUGAUUUACCUUGUAAUUUAAAAAAAAUACAUUUUAAUGUUUUGUUUUGUGGGAAGACAAAGAAAAAAAUAUAAAUUUUACACCGGUGUUAUUGAUGGUAUUCUAAAAGAAAUUUGAAAUCUAUGGAAUGAGUCACUGCUUUUCUGGUCUCUUUUUUUUUGUCAUUAGUUGCCUUGAAGGUAAUAAGGCACACAUUUAUUUUAAGGAAAUCUAAAAUUGUAUUCAUGCGUGUCAGGGUUAACUAUUCAAUACAGUUUUCAGUCAGUUGGUCUGAUCUUAUGUCUUGUCAUGUCUCCUGCUUUCCUGGAAGAAUUCAUUUGCAAAACUUCUAGGCUUCCAGGUCUGCAAGGAUAGAAUGUCUGUCAAUCUUCUUAUAAUAAUUUUAGGCCUCUGGACCCAGAGGAAUUUGGCACAUAUUGUUCCUAUGGAAUCUAUCUAAUAGGUAUAGCUGUUAGCAGUAUGACUCCAACCUUGAGCUUGUUUGGCAGAUUUGUAUUGGAGUUGUUCAUGGAAGGUUUUCUUGCAGUGGGGAGUGGGAGAACAGCCCUCCAAAAAUCUCAAAACAUCUUUUUUUUUUUUUUUUUUUGCAUUUUUAAAAGCAUUAAGGUUUACAGGGCUAACCCACCCUUAGGUUUGGUAUUGCUCAUGUAAUGCUAUACAUUUACUGUUCAGUUUUCUGAUUGUCCAUCCAAAUUUGGUUUGAUAUAAAAAUCUUUGCACAGUUGUCACUUGUGUGAAAUUUAUUUUAAGUCACAUGCAACUUAACAUUGCUAUGUAAUGAUCUCGUUUUACGUGGCAUUUAUAUCGCAGCAUGUUUCCAAAGAGACAUCAGCCGUCAAAUUCGCCUUGUCACCUUGUGAACCAGCAUCAGUGUUGUGAAAAAGGAGUUGCUCUAGUUCAUAAAAGUAUAAUGAAUGCUUUGUGGUUCAGUGUAAGGCUGUUUUUACACGUGCAUUUGUCUCCUGGUGCAUAUAUGAAAAUGAAUGAAAUGCAUCAAGAUGAGGUAAAUCUUAUUUUAACUAUCCAGGCACAUACCAAAAUUGUGCAAAAUGUUGUACAAGACCACAUUUACUGUUGUGCUUGUUGUUGAACCAUUGGAGCUCAGAAGUCUUUUUCUGUUUGUUUCCUGUUCACAUAUUCAUCAGUCUGUUCUUGUUCGUCUGCAGGAUUUACCCAUAGACUCUAGUUUUUAUUUUUGUCAUUUAAUUUCUAGCUCAUCUUUUCCCACUGUUUCCCCAGUCUGUUCUUCUUUGUGUGUCUAUUGAUUUUUGCACCUUCUCUGUGCCGGUGCGUUUUUGGUCCUUGCAGUUAGGGUGAAGAGUGUUGAGGGCUCGGGGGAGGGAGUGACUUAGUGUCUCGUUCAUGUAUUUAAGGUAGAAGAAAGAAAAUGUGUGUCCGCUGUCGUCGGAUGCAACAAGAUUAGGGCACGUAAAAGGAUCGCAUAAGCAAAAGUGCACACAGAGAAAGAAAGGAGAACAGAAGUUGCAGAAGGUUUAGGGAGGAGUUUGCCUUCUGUGAUGGUGUGAGAAUGAAUGCUGAUGACUGCAAUGGCCGUUCCUAUAUGUCAGGGAGUGGAGACUCAUCGAUGGAGAGGGACUUCUCUGGAGGCAUGGGGGGGGCUACAGUUAGCACACCCAACAGUCAACACUCUUCUCCCAGCCGGUCCCUCAGCGCCAACUCUAUCAAGGUGGAGCUGUACAACGAUGACCAGCUGGGCUGCGUAGCUCGUCCGGCCAAGAGGGCAGGGGAGCGCGACGAGGCGUGGAAGGACGAGCGACUGGACCCUGUGGAGGAGGGGGGCCUGGAGCUGGGUGCCGUGGUUGGCGGGGGAGCAGGCGGUGGCGGAAGCUAUGGCGAGCUGGCCAGUCCCGAGCCCACAUCCCCAGGGCCAAUCCGGCUUCCCAACGGAAAGCUAAAGUGUGACAUUUGUGGCAUGGUGUGCAUCGGGCCCAACGUUCUGAUGGUGCACAAGCGCAGCCACACUGCCCUGUGUGCCAUGCCAGGUGAGCGCCCAUUCCAGUGUAACCAGUGCGGCGCCUCCUUCACCCAGAAGGGCAACCUGCUACGGCAUAUCAAGCUCCACUCCGGAGAGAAGCCCUUCAAGUGCCCCUUCUGUAGCUACGCCUGCAGACGUCGGGACGCGCUGACGGGACACCUCCGCACCCACUCUGUGUCCUCCCCCACGGUGGGGAAGCCCUACAAGUGCAGUUACUGCGGCCGCAGCUACAAGCAGCAAAGCACGCUGGAGGAGCACCGGGAGCGUUGCCAUGGCUACCUGCAGAGCCUGGAGGCCCAGCCCACGCCAGGCAGCCACGUGCAUGGCGAGGAGAUGCGGGACGUGGAGCUGGUGACAGACCCUCUGCUCCAGCAUUCCACGGACAAGCUGACAUUCAUCGACCGCCUGGCCAACAGCAUCACCAAGCGUAAGAGGUCAACACCUCAGAAGUUUGUGGGACAGAAGCACAUGCGCCUCAGCACAGCCGACGGACAUUACGAACAUUAUCCUCCCAUCGACAAGGAAGGAGACGAGCUGAGCUCCCUGCACAGGACUGCUGACUCCUCAAACUUCACGGGUGUCAUUAGCAGCUACCUUGGGGGCCCCGUGGGAGGAAGUGGGGGCCAGGAGUCCAUCCGCUCCCUCCGGCUGCCCCCCCAGCACCCCGCCAACGUGCCGGAGUUCACGUCCGUCAUCAGCUCCUUUUACAAUCAGCUGGGCCAGCCAGGGCAAAGAACAGACUCUGGGGGGGGUGGGGCAGGGGGCGUGGCUUUGGGACUAGGAGGACGAGAGGCAGGGGAGGGCCACGAGGACCUGCCCCCCAGCUGCGGUCAUGCCGCCUCUCCGAGUAACGGCUGUCAGGAUUCCACAGACACAGAGAGCACGCCAGAAGAGCAGCCCGCAGCCACCAGCGCCGGUGGGGACCCUGAGCAGCACCCAGCUCCCCCGGCAGCCCGCAGCUCUGGCCAUGUGCGAGAGAGCGAUAGUGAGCCACAGCGGGAUGAGGGUAGUGUGGCGCUGCGGCCCGGCAACUGCGAGGUCAGGGUGGUGGACAGCGAGGGCCGGCCAGUGCGCUCCUUUCGCUGCACGCACUGCCGCGUCCUCUUCCUGGACCACGUCAUGUUCACCAUCCACAUGGGCUGCCACGGCUUCCGGCAGCCGUUCGAGUGCAACAUCUGUGGUCACCGCAGCCAGGACCGCUACGAGUUCUCCUCACACAUCGUCCGUGGGGAGCACACUUUGGGCUGAGGUAUGGGAGCCGCGGGGUUCGGGGUGGGGGAACGGUGAUGCGGGCCGGAGCGGAGAGGUGAAUGCACAGGGAAGGCAGCACGGGUUCGAAAAGCACUGUGUGUGCAGGAGGUGAGGAUGGGUUAGGGUUUGAUCUGCACUGGACUGGAGACGGGAACUGGGAGGAGAUGUUGUGGGAGAAGUUUAGUCAAGGGAUGAUCGGCAAAUUAUAAUUGCACUCUAUUUUCCAGAAUGCAGUUGUUUUGCGUCAGAAGUGCCUUCUUCCUGUGUGGUUUGCCCUCUUUGAA